AUGCCUCCCAAGAAGAACACCACCCCUUCCAAGGCAAAGGCGCCUGCCGCCGCGCCUGCCCAUGGCUCCUACAUCGACAUGGUCAAGGAUGCUAUCAUCAACCUUAAGGAACGAAAUGGAUCAAGCCGUCAAGCCAUUCAGAAAUACAUUCGUGCCAACAACAAGGUCGAGAACGUCACCGAUGCCGCCUUCAGGAGUCACGUUAACCGCGCCAUCACGUCAGGCGAGGAGAAGGGUGACUUCGCGCGUCCUAAGGGCACGUCUGGACCAGUGAAGCUUGCGAAGAAGGAGGCUAAGCCCGUUACUGCCACCGCUACCAAGAAGUCUGAGCCCAAGGCUGAGAAGAAGACCACUGAGAAGAAGGUCACCGAGAAGAAGACCGCUGAAAAGAAGACCGAGAAGAAGACUGAGAAGAAGGCCCCCGCUACCAAGAAGGCCACCACCACUAAGGCUAAGGCUACUACCACCGCCACCAAGGCUGCUCCCAAGAAGGCCGCCGGCCGCCCAAAGAAGGCUACCACCACAGCUGCUGCCACCAAGGCUGCUCCUGCUGCUAAGCCCAAGGCCAAUGCUAGCAAACCCCGCAAGACUGCUCCAACCACUGCCGCCGCCCCUGCCGUCGAGGAGGAGGUAUCGCGCGUUCUAGGCAAGACCAAGUCUGGCCGUGUCACCAAGACCAAAGCUCCCGCCGCAGCCAAGGCAACAAAGAAGGCACCAGCAGCAAAGAAGACUGCUGCGGCGAAGAAGGCCACCACACCGAAGAAGAAGGCCACACCUAAGAAGGCCACACCAAAGGCCAAGGCAUGA